UGUGAUAUUUAUCCGCGCAAAGUAUAAGGGAGCAAGUUUACUGGACGGAUUUGCGGCUGUUUUUUUGCGUAAGGAAAAAGACGCGCUUUGCGCCUGCGGCAUGAGACACGGUGACAGAGACAUACUGUAUAUAUAAGAAUCGAAUGUAUGUGGGGAUUUCUGUAUUGUUGUGUGCGUGUGCGUAUAGAAAAACUAGUGGAUAUUUGGACCUAAAACCCUGGAGUUAAUCUCAACGCGACACACGUGUCUAAUGGAAAAAGACUAAUUGGACUCCAUUCAUUCGGCAGGACUUGAUCCGAAGGGCUUGGACACCACCAGACACCCGUGGAUUGUGGGAACGACGUUGAUGUAACACACACUGUGAUGUGCUUGAGCUCAACACACCUGUAGCCCAGCAGAGGAACACAGACACAGGUGACGCCAAUUUGGCCCACAGGCUUCCAGAAUUUGAGCUUAUUCACCGGCUGAACGUCACACUUGUACUGGCAAACCGACUCAGAAAGGAGCAGCUUCCCAAAAGGGGUAGGGCCAUGUGGGCACUGCAAAUGCUCCUAUUGGGCAGCCUGCUGGGUCCCGCGGCUUUGGCAUUUAGCCGAGCCCCGGUGCCCAUGGCUGUGGUGAGAAGAGAACUGUCAUGUGAGAGUUACUCCAUCGAGCUACGCUGUCCCGGCACCGAUGUCAUUAUGAUCGAGAGCGCCAACUACGGCCGUACAGACGACAAGAUCUGCGACGCUGAUCCUGCACAGAUGGAGAACACGCGUUGCUACCUUCCAGAUGCAUACAAGAUCAUGAGCCAGAGGUGUAAUAACAGGACACAGUGUGCGGUGGUAGCCGGACCUGAUGCUUUUCCAGACCCCUGUCCUGGCACCUACAAAUACCUGGAGGUUCAGUACGAGUGUGUGCCAUACAAAGUGGAUCAGAAAGUUUUCCUCUGUCCAGGCCUCUUGAGGGGCGUCUAUCAGAGUGAGCAUUUGUUCGAGUCUGAUCACCAGUCAGGUGCGUGGUGUAAGGAUCCUCUCCAAGCGUCUGAGAAGAUCUACUACAUGCCGUGGACGCCGUACCGCACAGACACCCUUACCGAAUACUCCAGCAAGGAGGACUUUAUUGCUGGAAGGCCUACAACUACGUACAAACUGCCCCAUCGGGUUGAUGGAACCGGAUUUGUGGUCUAUGAUGGUGCACUCUUUUUUAACAAGGAGCGCACAAGGAACAUUGUCAAGUUUGACCUAAGAACACGCAUCAAGAGUGGUGAGGCAAUCAUCGCUGGAGCCAACUAUCAUGACACGUCACCCUACCGUUGGGGAGGAAAGUCAGACCUGGACUUGGCAGUGGAUGAGAAUGGACUUUGGGUCAUCUAUGCUACAGAGCAGAACAGUGGCCGCAUUGUGGUCAGCCAGUUGAACCCAUAUACUCUGAGAGUAGAGGGUACAUGGGACACGGCUUAUGACAAGCGCUCAGCAUCCAAUGCCUUUAUGAUCUGCGGUGUGCUAUACGUGGUGCGCAGUGUUUACGAAGACGAUGACAGCGAGGCCACGGGCAACAGGAUCGACUACAUCUACAACACGGAACUGUCUAAGGACGGCUACUUGGACAUCCCGUUUCCGAACUCGUACCAGUACAUCGCGGCCGUAGAUUACAACCCCAGAGACAAUCUGCUUUACGUCUGGAAUAAUUACCACGUUGUCAAAUACUCACUGGAUUUUGGCACGCUUGACACUCGACCAGAAUCGUCCUCGUCCGUGCACGUCCUCAUGGACACCACCACCACCAGGACGACCACCCGCCCAACCACGGUAUCCACCACCACUACCUCCACUGUUACAACCUUCACCCCCAGCACCACCAGAUCUCCAGCUCUGAGCGUCUUUACCCCACGCCCACAUACCACCACCACACCCACCAGUGAGCUGCGCCCUGCUGGAGGCUCCGCUCAUGACCCGAGCACGCGCCCGCCGCCCUCAUCGAUUCUACCCAACGCUGCCAUUGAGUUCUGUAAUCCUACAGUGGAAGCUGAGCUGACCUGGCCCAAAACCCGACAGGGAGUCACCGCUACGCAGCCGUGCCCUUCCGGAACCAUAGGAACCACCUCGUUUACCUGUAUGGGACCGGAGGGGUUGUGGGACCUGCUGGGUCCUGAUCUCAGCAACUGCACUUCAGCUUGGGUAAACAUCAUCAACCAGAAGAUUCGAGCUGGAGAGGCGGCGGCCAUCAUUUCCCGCGAACUGUCGGAGCAGACCAAGAGCCGCAUCCAUGCAGGAGACAUUACUUACACAGUUCGAGCUCUAGGUCAUCUGGUGGAUCUUCUAGAUGUUCAGCUCCGAAAUCUCACCCCUGGAGGCAAAGACAGUGCUGCUCGCAGUCUCAACAAGCUGCAGAAAAGGGAGCGCUCCUGUCGCUUUUUCGUUCAGGCUAUGGUGGAGACGGUAAAUAACCUGCUGCAGCCUCAGGCUCAUUCGGCGUGGAGGGCGCUGUCGGCGGGUGAGCAGCUCCGGGCUGCCACCAUGCUGCUGGAUACGGUGGAGCAGGGUGCCUUCAUACUAGCUGACAACCUGCUUAAGACCGACAUCGUCCAGGAGAACACCAAAAAUAUACAACUGGAAGUGGCUCGGAUGAGUACAGAUGGAAACCUCCCAGAUCUUAGAUUUCCUCAAACAGAUGACCAAAGCAACUCCAUCCACUUAUCUGCAAAUACCCUCAAACAGCACGGCAGGAACGGUGAGAUCCGCAUGGCCUUUGUACUCUAUAAACAUCUGGGAAUGUACCUGUCCACUGAAAAUGCCAGCAUGAAAUUCAGCAAUGAGGCUCUUAACACCAACUACACAGUCAUCGUCAAUUCACCCGUUAUAACCGCUGCCAUCAACAAAGACAGCAACAAAGUUUACCUGUCCGACCCUGUCAUAUUCACACUCCAGCACAUCCAGCAGUCAGAGGAGAACUUUAACCCCAACUGUUCAUUCUGGAGCUACAACAAGCGCAGCAUGACAGGAUUCUGGUCUACGCAGGACUGCCGACUACUUGCCACCAACCGUACUCACACCACCUGCUCCUGCACCCACCUGACCAACUUUGCUGUGCUCAUGGCCCAUGUCGAUGUGAAGGGUGCAGACCCGGUACAUGACCUGUUGCUGGACGUGAUCACAUGGGUGGGGAUCCUGCUGUCACUCGUCUGCUUGCUCAUCUGCAUCUUCACCUUUUGCUUCUUCCGGGGCCUGCAGAGCGACCGCAACACCAUCCACAAGAACCUGUGUGUAUCACUGUUCAUCGCCGAGACGCUCUUCCUCACUGGCAUCAACCGUGCAGAUCAGCCAAUCGUCUGUGCUGUGUUUGCUGCUCUGCUGCAUUUCUUCUUCCUGGCAGCUUUUACCUGGAUGUUUCUGGAAGGUGUGCAGCUCUACAUCAUGCUUGUGGAGGUGUUUGAGAGUGAACACUCCAGAAAGCGUUACUUCUACCUGGCAGGAUAUGGCAUUCCAGCUCUUGUGGUAGCAGUUUCAGCGGCUGUCGACUACAGGAGCUACGGCACUGAAAGAGUGUGCUGGUUGCGUCUGGACACGUACUUCAUCUGGAGUUUUAUUGGUCCUGCCACCCUUAUUAUCAUGCUGAAUGUGAUUUUCCUGGGCAUCGCACUUUAUAAAAUGUUUCACCACACCGCCAUACUGAAGCCAGACUCCGGCUGUCUGGACAACAUAAAAUCAUGGGUGAUUGGAGCUAUAGCUCUGCUGUGUUUGCUGGGUUUGACCUGGGCAUUUGGACUUAUGUACGUCAACGAGAGCACGGUGAUCAUGGCCUACCUGUUCACCAUCUUCAAUUCUCUGCAGGGCAUGUUCAUCUUCAUAUUUCAUUGUGUGCUGCAGAAAAAGGUUCGUAAAGAGUAUGGGAAAUGUUUAAGGACUCACUGUUACAAUGGAAAAAGUGUGGACUCCUCAAUGGGCUCAAGCAAAAGCUCCAGCUCUCGCACCCCCGGUCGAUAUUCUUCUAGCUCACAGAGUCGAAUUCGUCGGAUGUGGAAUGAUACAGUGAGAAAGCAGUCUGAAUCAUCCUUCAUUACUGGAGAUAUCAACAGCUCUGCUACAAUCAAUAGAGGUGCUAUGGCCAACCAUCUCAUCUCAAAUGCUCUGCUGCGACCGCACAACUCAAACAACCCCUAUAACACUUUAGUGGGGGAGUCAACCAUGUAUAACAACCCCUCGCUCAGCAUGUACAACACACAAGAGCCCUACAGAGAGACAAAGGGAAUCUUGAACAAUGCCCGGGAUCCAAGUGUCAUGGAUACUCUACCACUGAAUGGUAACCAUAGCAACAGCUACAGCCUGGCAGGUGCCGACUAUCUGAGCGAGUGCGUCCAAAUGAUGGAACGCAGUGGCUAUGGCGUCCCACACUCACACGCCACACUUUCUCACACCCCUCUGGAGAAACGAAUUCUUCAAGAGCUCACCUCUAACUACCUGCCGCCAUACCUUAACAACCAUGAACGCAACAACCUGGUCAACAAACUCGUGAACAACGUCAACAACAUGAGAAAAGAUUCAUCAGCUCCUCCUCUUAGCCUUGCUCUGGAUCUUGAUGACUCUCCUGCUUUCAUCCUGGAUGACACCUUAGGUUUAGAGCUGAUCCGUGAUGAGUCUGACACCCCACUGCUCCCCCCUCAACGGCCUCAUCUUACCCAACCCCGGAACUCUUUUGGCUCCACCUCUUCAUCUCGUCGUCGCUUACCCCAGGAGAACAGUGAAAGUUUUUUCCCACUUCUGACUGAGGAGCAAAGCGAUGAAACCCCCUCACCAAGUAGAGACGUAGCUGGGCACGAUCGACAAGACAUGCACACUCUUCCACGCAGUGGAGGAGGAGAUGAUGCUCGCGAGUCCGCUGAUAGCGAUGACGUAUACUACAAGAGCAUGCCCAACCUAGGCUCUAAGAACCACCUGAAUCAGCUAAACUCGUACUACCAGCUCGGCCGAGGCAGCAGCGAUGGCUUUAUUGGUCCCGCCAACAAGGAUGAAACUCUACCCAACGAGACGUCGCAAGAGCCUGCCCAACUUGUCACCAGCCUAUAGGAUCACUAACCUCCUCCCGUCUUACACAAAACCCAAGGUGGCAAAUUCUUCACAUUAUGAAAGCCCAACUUCUGUCGUUUCUUAUGUGGUCUCCUUUGCUUUCCCGUACUGGUCACUCGUCCGCAGUCGUAGACGUUCCUUUUACAUGUUCUCAGCAAAAAAGAACAAAAAAGACUAAAAACUAUGGACUUGAUUUUUUUGUAUUCUAAAGAGUGGAUUAGAGGAUGUGGAUGUUCAUUGAUGUUCUUUGCGACGUGUAUUUCUAUUUCAGACGAACACACAUGGACCUCAAAACGGAUUUUGCUGAAAUAGAGAUAAAAAACUCGUACAUAUCAAAGAAUUACUGGAAAGAGAUAAAGAUCAGAUGGACGGAACAUUAAAAAUGACUAUUUUAAUACUCAUCUUUAUCGGACAUCCACUUUUAAAACGAUUCUCUUCAAUUUCCGACUUAGAUGAGACGUUAGUUGUGAUAAGUUGACUGCAGAGUGUGAACUUGUGUCACAAAGGACGACUCCACCGUAGGGUGCAAUUUUUUUGCGUAUUAAUAACAAAUAUAAAAAAGGGGGAAAACACUAAUAUCAGAGAAUUAUAAGAUAUUUCUAUGUAAAUGUACAGCUACUAGCAUUAAGCAGUCUGUAUUUUUCUGUUCAUCUGUAAGUGUGGUGAUUUUAGAAAUGGCUUCAGUUUCCUCAUGCCACUCUCAAUCCAGACUGCAGUAAUGCUCAUGCUUUCUUCAAUCCUUGAUUUCUUUUGUAUUAGCAGCAAUUAACAAAACCAGAGAAAAAAAAUGAAGAAAAGUAUUCAGGUGGUCAUUUUUUUUUUUUUAUUGUAGAUUUUUUUGUCCCUUUUAAGAACUAGUUUUUUUUGUUUUCUACAGUGUGUAGAUAUAUGAGAUGAAUGAGAUCAUGCAGAUCAACUGAGGAAGACUCUCAUGAUGAAGAGGUGAAGACUGAACUGAAUGAAAAAGCACUAGGCACUUGUAUAAAAGCUGUGGUGAUGUCUGAGUCAAUAUUCGCAGUGAGAAGAAGGACAACCUGCCUGUGUUUUUUAAUUACGGUCAUUUAUUCCUUUCUUGAAGAUGCAACAACCUGCAAAAUGUCAGACUGUACAAAAUUACCAAACCAUAUUCUAGUUCCAUCACAAAUAAAUAUGAUCAUACAUUUUAUUUAUUUCAUUUCUUCUUUGUUUUCUUUUUGUAUUAUUGAUUUUUGAAGUCAAAUGACCUCCUGACUAAUAUUUGUUGUAACAGUGAAACUUGUUUGCCAACAAAUAAAUUACUGCUUAAGA